AUGAAGGAAUUCCCGGUCGAAGCAUUGCCCCUAUUGCUGAAGCUGAAUAUCUUCGAGCUACUCUCUACAAAUGAGAAAGUGCUGAUCAGGGGGAUCAAUUCAGGCACAAAAGAUUUGGUGAAUAAAGUGGGUCUGUUGCCGCGAAAAAUCGGCCAAGCACACCUCAGCGGCACGCAAAAUCAGGUGAAAAUCAGACUCUGGAACAGUCGCGAUGGGCAUUUCGCGAUCUCGUUCAGUAGGAAUACAGAAGGAACAGAAGAGAAAAUCAAAAUCACCCACUCGCAAUUGUUUGGUGGAAACAAGGAUUUUCUGAUAGCUGAAGACUUUGACGAGAGAUUUGUGAUCUUUCAAUUGACAAAAACGAUUCGACCCCGUUUACUCCGAGUGCAUACCUUCCCAAUUGAAAACCCCUAUCAAAAUGUCACGCUAUUCAAUUCGGACCUUCUCAACUUUUCCACUCUUUUGCAAAACUCUGGUGCCGCCAUUUUUGUCUUCAAUUGUAUACGAAAUCUGCAAAAGCUCAUUAAUCGAGUGGAAAUAAAGUCUACGUUGGGGCUUAAAUGGAUCGUCGAUGAAUGGAGAUGCUGGUGCUAUGAGAAGUGUAAAAAGUGUCCUGCUGGGAUGAGUCAAUUCUUGGCAUUGACAUCCGCCUCUUCAUUUGUCUUCAUCGAGACAAUGCGGAAUCAGGAGACACCAAAUGAAAUCUCUGAUAAGGAUUUUGUUAAUUUCGUCCUUCCCCGUCUACCGGAACCGAUCCCUCUUGGAAUUGAGUACCGAAACAGGCAACAACGAUUGAAUGUUUUCCCACGAGCCAAUCCAUUUCCCAAUGAUCCUCCACCUCCAGCACUUCCGCCUCUUUUACGAAAAAAUGCUAAACUCGGGAUUUUUCCGGUGAAAGAUGUACUGGAAAUUCUUGAGACUUUCGCGGUUCAAUCAAGUACCUUUAUGAAGAAAAGGAUUUACGCGUUGGAGUUGGAGCCGAAAACGAUUGAGACAUUCAAUGCGAUUAUUAGUGCAGUUCAUUUCACCGGUAACCCGCAAUAUUACGGUAACUACUGGGCAUACCUUCUCGAUUCAGAGCACUAUCGAUCAGAUCGAGCUUUGCUUUUCCAGGGUUUUGACACGGUUUUUGUGACCGAGAAUUUCAACGGAGAUUUCUUGUCGAUCAUCUCCCAAAUCACCGCCCAAUUUCGACAGUUUCCGUUCAGAAUGCCGUGUGGUAUCGAGGGUUUAUUGAGUGAUCCUUUCGAGGGACUUCCCGAUUAUCCAUCGAAAUGGAGAAACCUCUCCAAUAUCUCCCAUGCUCCAAGAAGACCACUCCAAUUGAAUGCAAACGAGAAAAAAUUAUCUGUUGCGAAUGCGUUGCGUUAUGUGCCCGAAAAAUAUCACAAUUUGUUGGCAAAGGAAUUCGCAGAAGAAUUGGAGACUUAUGGCCACAUCUAUGCUUUUCGUUUUAUGCCCGAUUUCCCGUUAAAAGCUCCACCAAUCCAUGAAAUCAAAGCAAAAUGCCAACAAGCGGCCGCAAUCAUUUUGAUGAUCAUGAACAAUUUGGAUCCUGAAGUGGCACAGUUUCCCCAAGAAUUAGUGACUUAUGGUGGAAAUGGGCAAGUGUUCUCCAAUUGGAUUCAGUUUCGUUUGGUCAUCCGUUAUUUAUGGUCAAUGAGCGAUGAGCAGACAUUGGUUAUGUAUUCAGGUCAUCCACUUGGUCUUUUCCCUUCACAUAAAGAUGCUCCACGAUUAACGAUUACCAAUGGAAUGAUGAUUCCAAACUAUUCAACAAAGCCAUUGUAUGAUAAAUAUUUCGCAUUGGGUGUGACAAUGUAUGGGCAAAUGACUGCUGGAAGUUAUUGCUACAUUGGGCCACAAGGGAUCGUUCACGGGACAACGAUUACAGUGAUGAACGCUGGCCGCAAAUACCUUAAUACUGAUGAUUUAGCUGGAAAAGUUUUUGUGACGGCCGGCCUUGGCGGAAUGUCGGGCGCGCAAGCGAAAGCGGCGAAAAUUGCUGGAUGUGUUGGAGUGAUUGCUGAGAUUAGCGAAAAAGCGCUGAAGAAGCGACACGACCAAGGGUGGCUUGAGAUCUACAGCACGAAUCUUGAUGAAAUCGUUGGCUUAAUUAAAGAGGCGAGAAGCGAGAGAAAAGCGAUUUCAAUCGGAUAUCUCGGGAAUGUUGUCGAUUUAUGUCUCCGCCGUCAAAUCGCGGCCAUUGAUAAGCUGGCCAAACGGGGAAUGUACUUUUGGGACUACGGGAACGCGUUUCUUGUCGAAUGUCAGAGAGCCGGAGUCGAGAUGUUGAAAGAAAAUGCGAAAGAUGACAAAGAUUUUCGCUAUCCAAGCUAUUUUCAGGAUAUUAUGGGUGACAUUUUCUCGAUGGGUUUCGGUCCAUUCCGAUGGGUUUGCACAUCGGGAACUCCUGAGGAUUUAAAAGAAUCUGAUAAAAUCGCUUGUCAAGUGAUCAACAAAUUGCUGAAAGGAGACAUGCCUGAAUGGGUAAAGCAACAGUAUGUUGACAAUCGGAAAUGGAUUGUCGAAGCGGAUGAGCACAAAUUGGUGGUGGGAACACAGGCUCGCAUCUUGUACUCGGAUCAAGCCGGCCGUACCGCGAUCGCUCUCGCUUUCAAUGAAGCUGUCAGAAACAAGAGAAUUACGGCCCCAAUCGUGAUUUCGAGAGAUCACCAUGAUGUAUCGGGUACCGAUUCUCCGUUCAGAGAAACCGCAAACAUCACUGAUGGAAGCGCUUUCACUGCUGAUAUGGCCGUGCAAAAUGCGAUUGGGGACGCGAUGAGAGGAGCCACGUGGAUCUCUCUGCACAAUGGAGGCGGUGUCGGAUGGGGCGAUGUGAUAAAUGGUGGAUUCGGAAUGGUGCUAGAUGGAGAUCUGGAAACGGAUCGUCGUGCUCGUUCGAUGCUCUCAUGGGAUGUAUCAAAUGGAGUGGCAAGGAGGAGUUGGUCAGGGAAUGAUAAAGCAAAAGAAGCCAUUAUCAGAACUCAAAAGACCGUCUCCGGGCUUGAGGUAACUGUCCCGUAUCAAGUUGAUCAAGAACUUCUUCAAAACUUUUUUAAC